AUGGCUCGUAGGAUCGCGAAAUCCAGUCAAGCCUUCGGUCGCCUCCAAUGCACAGUUUGGAAUCGUCAUGGUCUUCAACUGAGCACGAAGCUGAAGAUGUACAAGGCCGUCAUCCUGCCGACGCUGCUGUACGGAGCGGAGACUUGGACAGUGUACACAAAGCAGUCACGCCGACUGAACCACUUCCACCUCAGUUGUCUUCGUCGCAUCCUGAGGCUGAGCUGGCAGGAUCGCAUCCCCGACACUGAUGUUCUGGAACGGACGGGAAUCCUUAGCAUCCACACAAUGCUGAGACAAAUGCAGCUGCGUUGGAGCGGCCACCUGAUGCUCAUGGACGACGAACGACUACCCAAACGAUUCUUUUACGGAGACUUCGCCACGGGUUCUCGUCGCCGAGGAGGCCAAAUUCGUCGAUACAUGGAUACUCUAAAGUCCUCUUUGAAGCGUCUGCAAAUUAAUCCGACUAACUGGGAAGACCUCCCCCACGACCGACAGACCUGGAGGAGGACAGUGAAGACAGGCGCUGCGAUCUACGAAGCCAACCGCAUCGCCGCCGCCAAAGUGAAACGCGAAGCACGCAAAGCACAGCUGCGCGCAGUCCGCAACGCCGACUCAUAA